UUUCCAUCUGAGAAGAGCUGGAGUUCCUCUACAACCCCUCUCAGGCAGCAGGAUGGAGAAGUCCAAGAAGGUCUUUACCAGUGUCCUGCUGUUGGUGCUGUCUGUGGGGCUUUGCUUGGCUCAGCACUGGUCCUUUGGGCUGCAGCCAGGAGGGAAGAGGAGCUCUGAGGACUCAUUCCAAGAGAUGGCAAAGGAAAUGGAGGAAUUAGGGGAGGUGCAGCACUCUGAGUGCCCUGGAUCAUCCCAGCAUUCCAGGAUCAGGGAUCUGAAGGAAGCCAUGGAAAACCUGAUGGAAGGGGAAGGAAGAAGAAAGAUUUAAACCCCAAUGGAUUAACAGACCCCAAAUAAGGUUUCAAAGCUGUGGCAAAAUUGGCUCCUCUUCACUUGGUCUUUGCUUUUUGGGUCAUUAUGGGAAUAAACUGCUCUGAAGUUGCAUUUAAA